AUGCGUGGGCUUCUGAGCCUCACGUUCUACCUUACCACGAGCGAAGCGGCCAACAAAACCGCCUGCGAUCUCAUCCGCAAGAAGAUCGACCAGAUUUUCAAGAAUCCCAAGAAGGCUCAGAAACUGAACCCAACCACACUUUACGCACGCUGGCCGCUCUGCGAUUCCGGGUACUAUGAGACCUUCAAUCGCGAGAAUGUGGACAUUGUGGACCUCAAGGCAACUCCUUUCUUUAAAUUCACGGCCGCUGGCCCCAAAACUGCUGACGGCGUUAACCACGAACUCGAUCCUGUGAUCUGCGCUACUGGAUUUGAUGCCGUGGACGCAGCUACUCCCGACUGGCCUCGUACCUACCUGGGCUGCGCCAUGGCCGACUUUCCCAACUUGUUCAUGGUGAACGGCCCCAGAACAGUCUUCGCAAAUAUACCCCCAUCCAUCGAAUGGCAUGUGGAAUUCAUUACCGAUAUCAUCGCCCAUGCCGAAGCGCGACGAAACUAG